GAAGACAUACUCAGUUUCUUAUUUACUUAGACCAUAUAUUGUGGGCAUGCCCACCUGAACUGAGUAUUUUCAGGAGCCCUAAAACCCCGAUAUUUUACGGAUCCAUUUUCGUUUAAGCACUGUCGAGAGAUUGGUUUUGGUUCACUUCGUUUAAAAAAAAUUCGGCGGCGGAAGGGUUUCAUAAUUUUUUUCUGCAAACUGUGUCUAUUUUUCUUCUCGGUAUCGUUGACAGCACGACACAAUUUGUGCACAAUCUUGAGGUGAGCUUUAUUAAUCAUGUAUACUGCUAGGAGGAAAAUUCAAAAGGAAAAGGGUGCAGAGCCUGAUGACUUUGAGGAAUCUGUGGCACAGGCCUUAUUUGAUUUGGAGAACACCAAUCAGGAGCUGAAAAGUGAGCUCAAAGAUUUGUAUAUUAACUCUGCCAAACAAGUUGAUAUAUCUGGUAAUCGAAAGGCGAUUGUCAUUCAUGUCCCAUACCGCUUGAGGAAGGCUUUCCGAAAGAUGCAUGUAAGGCUUGUGCGAGAGCUGGAAAAGAAGUUCAGUGGAAAGGAUGUUGUUAUGAUUGCAACAAGGAGAAUAUUAAGGCCACCGAAGAAAGGCUCAGCUGCAGUUCGACCCCGUAGUCGAACAUUGACUUCUGUCCAUGAGGCUACCUUGGAAGAUGUUGUCUAUCCUGCAGAGAUUGUUGGGAAACGAAUUAGAUACCGUGUUGAUGGCUCCAAGAUAAUGAAGGUCUAUUUGGAUCCCAAGGAGCGUAAUAACACAGAAUACAAACUGGAAACAUUUACUGGGGUUUAUAGGAAGUUUUGUGGGAAGGAGGUUGUUUUUGAGUACCCUUUGUCAGAGGCUAGUUAAAUUAUACCUUUGAAGUCUUCUCUUGCUGUUGGAUGAUGCUUAAUUAAUGUUGAACUUAUUUUUUCUGAUUAGGGUAUGUAUUGGAAUAAUGUUUUGGUUGAUAAUUAGAAUUCUUCUGAACAAACAUUUGAGGCUGUGAAGGAUCAACAAUUCUUGUUGAAUUCUUCUUAUUGUUCCGUUCUCUUCAGAUGAGUUGAAUUUUGUUUUGCUGAAGAUAGCCUUGCUAUACACUUAAAUGAAUCUGAGAAGCAUGUCACUUAUUAUUAUUAUUAA